GUUUCCACUCGAUUGCUCCUCUGCAGGUUCAAUCUCUCUCCUCUCUCUCGGCCUAUCUCGACGGCGUGACCCAUCUCCCGCCGGCGGCAAUUCGCUUCGUUUCCGGCGGCCACGCCCCGACCAGCCAGCGCCGCCGCCGCCGCCGCCGCCGCAGCAGGGCUCACUUUCCUAAACUCGGAUGGCCGUUCCAAUUGCAGUUACAAAGCCUGCUCCGCUCGCGCGUGCAAUUCUUGUGAAGGACCCGAGUUCCGUGUACUCUCUUCGAUGCCCCUCGGUCUACUUGUGCCACUGCAAUCCCAAAAGAAAGGAACUUCCAUUCCCCCCUAAUGCCCUUCGCCGUAAGACUGAUCCAAAGUGGCGAGGAGGGUUCUCCCUCGGUCUAGAUUUGGGAUUGUCUCGCACCGGUGUUGCUCUUAGCAAAGGCUUUUGUUUUCGCCCUCUGACGGUUUUGGAGCUGCGAGGACAGAAGCUUGAGUUGCGGCUUCUCGACAUUGCAGAAAAAGAGGAGGCGGAUGAAUUCAUCAUUGGGCUUCCUCUAUCUUCUGAUGGAAAAGAGACUAUUCAGUCUAAUAAAGUUCGCAGCGUUGCUGGAAGACUUGCAGCUCGAGCUGCGGAGAGGGGUUGGAGAGUAUAUCUGCAGGAUGAGCAUGGCACAUCAGCUGAAGCCGCUUGCCAUAUGAUCAACAUAGGUGUCCAGCAGUCCACUCGGCAAAAAAAGGCUGAUGCCUAUGCCGCCAUGAUGGUCCUGGAAAGAUAUUUCUCUUUGUCGGGAGAGGAAGCUGAAUUAGUUUUGCCCAAGAGUCUAGAUUUGCAAGAGAAAUUACGGAGGGCUCCAUCCGAGGACAGCGACUUCUCUGAAUAAGUCAUUCAUUGGCUAUCACAGUAACACCGACACCAAAUGCUACGCCUUUCGAAGCAGGACAUCCAUAAUAAUGGAUUAAUAUAAAAGCAAGGAAAUCAGCAGUAUCAGGAAGGUCGUCGAUGAGCCUUUGUCCUGUUUCGACAGAAACGAAACUAUGUAUUCUUGGACUUGUUUCUCCGGAAGUUCAAUGUGCUUUUUUGAAGAUGGUCUUGAGUUGCCUUUAUCUGCAGGCUGGGAUGGUACUUGAUGCCAUUUAAAGGGGGCAGGCUGGGAAGACUUGAAGUUUAUAGAGUUCCUGAACUGACGAAUUCAUACCGAAAUUGUAUGAUCGAAGCAUUUCAAGCUCAAAUCAGUUAUGAGGUUGUGAAAGAGUUUUUUUGUUUUUGUUUCCAGAUACAGAAGAUUCUUCGUGUAGCGAGAAAAUUGAGUGAGAAAUUCAUUGCGCAUUUCUUUCUCUCUUUGA